AUGAAUAAUAAUAAUAACAAUAAAUAUAAUAAUAAUAAUGAUAUUCAUAAUAGUAUUAACAAAAAUGGAAGUGCAAACAUAAACAACAGUAUGAAUAUGCCCAAUAAUAUCAUUAGUAAUAUUCCAAAUAAUAGAGGUAGUAUACAAAGUAAUAUCAAUAAUAUACCGAGACCUAUGAAUAAUAUUAAUAAUGUACAUAGUAAUAUAAAUAUACCAAACAGUAGAAAUAUAUCAAAUAAUAUAAAUAUGACAAAUAGUAGAAAUGUGUCAAGUAAUAUGAAUAUGACAAAUAAUGUGGGUAUUACUAAUAAUAUGAAUAUUACUAAUAAUGUUAAUAGGACAAAUAGUAUAAAUGUUCCAAAUAAUAUGGGCAGAACGAGUAACAUGAAUUUAUCAAAUAACAUUAGUAGAACAAGUAACCUGAAUAUAAACAAUAAUAUUAAUAGUCCUAAUAACAUGAAUAUGUCAAAUAAUAUGAAUUUACCAAGUAAUGUGAACAGAACAAAUAAUAUAAAUAUGCCAAAUAAUAUGAACAGAACAAAUAAUAUGAAUAUGCCAAAUAAUAUGAAUAUACCAAAUAAUAUGAAUAUGCCAAAUAAUAUGAAUAUUCCAAAUAAUAUGAAUAUGUCAAAUAAUAUGAAUAUGUCAAAUAAUAUGAAUAUUCCAAAUAAUAUGAAUAUUCCAAAUAAUAUGAAUAUUCCAAACAAUAUGAAUAUUCCAAAUAAUAUGAAUUUGCCAAAAAAUAGAAGUAAUAGCAUAUUAAGUAAUAAUGUAAAUAAUAUUUCAAACAAUAUAAGUAGCAUAUCUUCAAAUAUUAAACCACGAAAUAUGUCAAGUAAUAUUAAACAUAAUUUAAACAAUUUUAAUAAUAAUAUGGCCAAGGAUAUUAAUGUAAAAAGCUCUAUAAAAAUGAGUAAUGAUAUAAAUAAUAGUACUAUACACAAAAAUAGUAUUAUAAGCAAUAAUAAUAGUAAUAUUAAUAAUAAUAUGAAUAAUAGUAGCGCAAGAGAGAGUGUUAUGAGUAAUAUUAACUAUAACUAUAAUAAUAUAAAUUAUAAUAAUAUUAUGAAAAAUAAUAUAGACAUUAACAAAAAAUUAAAUAAUGACAAGAACAAUAAUUUAGAUAAUACUGAAAAAAUAAAUAAAAAGAUAAGUAACAAGAUGAUUAUAAAAAAUAGUAUGAACAAAAAUAGUUUUAUGAAUACAGAUCAGAACAAUGUCAAUAUGUAUUAUAUGAAUGAUAUAAAAAAUGCAGAAAAUAAUAUAUAUUUAACAAACAGUAAUAAUAAUAAUAUGAACAAAGUCAAUAAUAUUAAAGACAAUUCUAAUACAUUACAACAUUUUAAGGAAAAUGAAUACAUGGAAAAUAUGUAUAAGAGAGAAAAAAAUAUAAAUGAUAAAGAAAAUAUGUAUAUGUCAAAUAAAGGACAAAGUAAUAUUAACCAAGCAAAUAAUACUAGUGUUAUAAAUAAUAAGCCUAAUAUAAAUAAUAUGAGAAAUGUUAAUAAUACAAACAAUAUGAAUAAUAUGUCAAAUAUGAAUCAUGUGAAUAAUAUUACUAAUAUGAAUAAUAUGUCUAAUAUAAAUAAUAUGAAUAAUAUGAAUAAUAUGAAUAAUAUAAAUAGUAUAAAUAAUGUGAUUAAUGUAAAUAAUUCCUACCAAGUUGAUAAGGCCGUAUAUAAACCUAUAAAUUUAAAUAAUAUAAACAAUAAAAAUAGAAACCAAAUGUAUAAAUACAAUAAUAAUGAUAGCAAUAAUUUCAUUAUGGAUAAUAAUAUAAAUAAUAAUAAUAAUAAUAAUAUUAAUAUUAAUAUUAAUAAUAAUAAUAAUAAUAAUAAUAAUAAUCAAUUAUUUAUGAAACCCUUUCACAAUAAUAUAGAUAACACAAAUGACUUUAAAAGUAACAAUGAAGAAAUUAAUAUAAGAUAUAAUAGUAAUAUGGUUGAUAUAAAUAAUGCUAACAAUAAUAUAAUGUUGAAAGCUCCUGGAAACAUGAAAUCCACCAUGCAUAAAGUGGGAGUCAAAAAACAAAAGCUAAAAAAUAAUGAUACAACAACAAAUAAUAAUAUUAAUAAUAAUUUAACAAAUAUCGAAAAUACAGAUAAUAUGUAUCAAUCGCAAUUAAACAAAGAGAAACCAAAUAUGAACAAUUCAUUUAAUUUUAUGAAUGAACUCGAUAUUUUUAAUGAUCCAUCCCAAAACGAAAAUAAACUAUCAGAUUAUACAUCUGUAAGAAAGUAUAAUACAAAUAAUAAGAUAGUAAAAAAUAACGAUCAACCAAAUUCAAAACAACCCAGAGGAAGUAAAAUGAAUAAAAUUAAUAAAAUUGAAAAAAUAGAUAAAAUGAAUAAGAUAAAUAUAGAAAUAAAUAAUAAUGUGGGUACCACAAUGUCUGUUAAUAAUAAUAUGCUAUAUAAUGAAGUAAAAAAAAAUAAUACAACUUCAUUUGAUAAUGGAAUAAAUAAUAAUCGCGUACCCUUUUUUAAUGGAACUAUCCCAUUAGAUAAAAAUAGUAGCCUACAUAAUAAUAUGAAAAUGAACUAUAAUAAAAAUUCAAAUAUAUUGAAUAGUUUGGAUAAUUCAUUGGAUACAGAUUUACAAGAUGAUUUUGAAAAACUCAAAGCACGUAUUGAACAAGAAUUUGAAGAGAAAAAAAAUCAAAAAAAGAAAAAGCGAGAAAAGAAAGAAGACAAAAAGGAAGACAAAAAGGAAAAGAAAAGGGAAAAGAAAAAGGAAAACAAAAAGGAAGAUCAAAAGGAAGAUCAAAAGGAAGAUCAAAAGGAAGAUCAAAAGGAUGAUCAGAAGGAUGAUCAAAAGGAAGAUAAAAAGGAAAAUCAAAAGGAUUAUCAUAAGGAAGAUCAAAAGGAAGAUAAAAAGGAAGAUAAAAGGGAUGAUCAAAAGGAUGAUCAAAAGGAUGAUCAAAAGGAAGACCAAAAGGACGAUGGAAAUAAAUCAGAUAAAGUAAUUAAAGAUGAUAAAAAUGAAGCUACUAUAUUAGAUGAUAAUAUAAAAGACAAAGAAACAAAUGUGGAAAAAAAUAAUGAUAUAUUAAAUAAUAACAAUAUUGAUAUAUCUAAAAUAGAACAUAAUAAUAAUAAUGAUAGUGAUGUAAAAACAAAUUUAGAAACACAAAUAAAUAAAACAGAAGAUUGUGAUAUUUUUAAAAAUGAUGAUAGAAUUAUUGAUAAUCUUAAUUCAGACAAUUUAAAAAAUAAUACUGUUUGGGAUAAUAGUAAAAAUGAAAUAUCACAUAAUACAAAAAAUGAUGAAACAAAGGAUAAUAAUAAUAAUAAUAAUAUAGAUAAAUUGAAUAAUCAUUUUAGUAAUAAUAUGAAUAUGAAUGUACAGAAUGAUAAUUUAGUUAGUCCAAAAAUCAAAAUGCAUUAUUCUGAACAACCAUAUAAUAUGAUAAACAAAGAAUCACUUGAAAAUUUAGGAUGUGAUAAAAAAUUAAUAGCAUUAACAAAAAUAUUUGGAAAUGUUAUGGAUGAUAGUGAUAAUAAUAUGACAGAAAAAGAACCUGUAGAAAAACAUAAAUUUUUCGAUUUGGAUACAUAUAAAAAUAUGUCAUUAGAUACAAUGUUAAAUAAUUUGAAUUUAGAUCAAGAUAUUCUAAAUAUAUUAAAAGAUAAAAUAAAUAAUAUCAAUAGAAAUAUAAAUGUUACUAUUUGUUCUACACCUAUGGAGAAACAAAUAGAUAAAAUUGAAAAAGAAGAUAUUAAUGCUCCUAAUUUAAUAAAUUGUUUUUCUGAAUUUAUUAAUUGGUGUGAUAAUAAUCUUAUUCAAAUCAAAUUACAAUUAUAUAAUAUUGCUUUUUGUCUUUUAUUAGAAAUAUAUAUUUUAUUAUUAACUAUUAAUUAUGAAUAUAUAGAAAAUUUCAAAAACCAAUAUUUAAAAAAAUUUACGGCUUACGAACCUGUUACAAAGUUCUUAUUAACGUGUGUUAGUUUAAAACAAAUAUUUGAGAUAUCGUUAAUACGUUUCAAAAAGAAAAAUUCAAAACAUAUUGUGCACAUGACAAAAUUAGGAAAAAAAUCACUCCUACAAUACUUAAGUGUAUAUGAUGGUAUUCCUUUGUACAAUAUAAUUACAACCAAAAUAAAAAUUAUAGAAAUUGAUGAUACAAAAAGGAAUUUUAAUUUCUUUUAUGCCUUUGUUUCUUCAAAUUUUUUCUAUAACGUGAAAUUAACAUUUCCUGUGCACUGGAAUUUACCUUCUAUAUAUUUAACUAACGAUGAAAUCGUAGAGGAUGAAAAUAAGAAAUUGCUUACUGAGAAAGAACAAAAUAAUUAUGUACCUAAUGAAAAUAAUGAUGCCUAUUAUUAUUAUAAACAUAUAUUAAAAACACAAGCAACUAAUAGAUUAAGAGUAACCAAAAAGAAUAUUCCAAGUAUACUUUAUUAUUGUUUAAACAAUUGUAAUGACCUGACAUGUGCAGAAAUUUCUGGAUAUGAGGGAUCUUUAAUUGCAACGGCACAUUCAAAUAACAUAAUUAAAUUAUGGAAUAUAAAAAAAUCCGAAAUGAAUAAAGUAAUGAAUGAGAAAAGAGAUAUAGAUGAAAGUAAUGAUUAUAUGGACGACGUUAGAAAAAAUGAAUCUUAUUUAAAUGGAAAAAAAAGUAUUCCAUUAGAUAUAGAUGAAUAUAACAAUAAGGGAGUAUCAAAAUUAUAUGGAAAUACAUUUAAUGUGUCUAGUUUGUCUUUUGGUGAAACAGAUAAAAUUUUAUUAUCUGGAAAUUUAAAUGGUGAUAUAUAUUUAUACAGUACAAUUAGUAAUAAAAAUUAUGUAAAAUAUGUAGGUGGACAUACACCCAUAUGGUCUAUAGAUACAGCCUUUUUAGGAUACUUCUUCUCAACUGCCGAAGAUGAUGGAAAUUUAAGAAUAUAUUCUACUAAUAAAACAUAUCCAUUCAUUACAUAUAAAUAUAAUUGUCCGGUUAAUGUAUGUAAAUACCAUUAUAACAAUACUCUUGUAGCAUGUGGUUAUUAUGAUAAUUAUGUACAUUUAUAUGAUGUUAGGAUUAAUUCAUACAUAAAACGAUUUAAAAAUAAUUAUCCUAGCAAUCAAGGUGUGACCUCUUUAAGUUUUUCAAAGAAUGGACGUUUGCUUUCAUAUGCAGCAUCAGAAGAAAUUAAAAGUACGAUGGAUAAAAAACGAAUGAAAUUAAAUAAUACAAAAGAUAAAAAUAGAUAUGUUAAAUUAUCAAAAUCUUUUGGUGUACAUUAUUCGAAUUUAAUAUCAGCUAAAUUUACACCUGAAAAUGCUCUUCUCUUAUUUGGAAUUAAUACAUUAAUAUAG